UCCUGAGAUAGAGAGAAUAAGUAGAUUUGACAGUCACGCUCCGACCCAUCUCUCUCUCUCUCAUAUAUCUGAUUUCAGGGCCUCCGUACCUUUUUCCACACAGAUUCGUUUAAAUCGCCGAUCUUUUCACGCUUACCCAUAUAUCCUCGUCUCCUUUCAUCAAACGCCUCUGUCUCUCUCUCUCUCUCUCAGAAGCAAAAGAAAAUGUUCCGGAUUUCAGAGAACUGAUUUUGAUCACAUCGAAAUGGGCACACUUCAAAAACGGAAACAAAAAACUCAAUCUAAUUUUCCAAACAUCUGAUUCUUUUUGAAAUAUCAAUGCAGGACUGAUUGUGUUUGGAUUGGAUUGCGAUUGUAUUGGAUUGGAUUUCACCUGAGAAAUGGAAGGAGAUACAUUUUCAGGCCUAGGCAAUGGAACCCAAGUAGACAAUAAGGUCCUUCAAACCUUCCAGAAGAGCUUUGUUCAGGUCCAAAACAUCUUAGAUCAGAACAGAUUGCUGAUCAAUGAGAUUAAUCAGAACCAUGAAUCGAAGAUCCCCGACAAUCUCAGCCGCAAUGUAGGCCUGAUCAGGGAGCUCAACAACAACAUCAGGAGGGUCGUCGAUCUCUACUCUGACCUCUCCACAUCCUUCACCAAGUCGAUGGAAUCGUCGUCGGAGGGCGACUCAGCUGGGACGUUGAGGUCCGACGGGAAGCCCAAUCAGAAAAGGAUUAGACCUGGGUAGAGCGUUCGAUCACCGAACCCACAAUAGGCCAUUGAGACUGUACCGAUGAUUCUUUCACACGGUGGGGAUGGAAUUGUUAAUUAGAAUUCGAUUGGAUGAGAUUAUGUAACUCUGUAUCAGUAGAAUGACUGGACUGUAUUUCAUAUUCAGCGGUUUGGAUUACAUUUCCGACGGCCCUUUGGCCGUCAGAAAUGGCCAACGGUCGGAAAUUAUAGGCAUUUCUCAGUUUGUAAUUCUAUGUAUAACAAACAACUGUCUUUCCUCAAUUGAAAUGAAGCUUGUUUGUGCCACUAA